UGAGGACGAGGUAUGCUAGUCGGUGGCAGCGAUUGUUAAUUACAUAUGAAAUAUUAAUGUUACACGUUUCACCCCCAGUACGUGCUUAUAUUAUGUACGGAAACGUGUGCAAGUGUGCUAAAGCUGCCGUCCAUUUUGUUUGUUGUGCACAGAAAUCAACGCCCUCUUCUGGUUGGCGAAGAAAUUGCAGCUUCCCACCUCGUCUAUUUACCAAAAGAACUGUACUGUAACUGUAUUUUUCGAUACGGAACCGUCAUUUCCGUAGUGAAGUGUACCUAUUCCCCAUUCGGUACACGUUAAAAGUGAUUUCAAGACAUUUGUGAAAGUCUUUAUCAGCUCCCCUGUUGUUUUGCUGUAUGAGUGUGUUUAGAUUCCUGGACAGAUUGCCGCAGGAUUUGCCGAUAGCAAAGCUCUCGUCUGGGUUUGACCCUGUAAACUCUUACCUGGUUGAAAUAUUUUCAGUCCGUUGGAAUGUGAGAUGGUUCCUACUGUCGGGAGAACGGGGUCAGAAUGUGAGCUGAAGGGGGGAGAUGAACACGCCUAUAGGUGCCCACUGCUAAAAAGCAAAGACCUCUAUCGGAGCUCAGGACUCUAAUUGUGUUAAAAACCAUAUAGAGGGAUGACUGAACGCCGACUUGGAACAACAGCAUAAAGCGUGAUCUCAGCGACGCCGUGUCAUUUGAUGGACAUCUUGACAGCAGGGCCUUGCAUGUAGGAGGUCCAUGUGUGAGUUUCAAGGUCCUGGCUCUCAGCUCACGAGCAUCCAUCCAGCAGGCUAAGUAACUGCUGCUCACUGAGGGCCUCUGACUCACUCUGCAAGAAGACACAAACACUGUAUGGGUCCAAAAAGAACGAAGGAAAAAAAAAAGAUGCCAUGUGGCGAAAGUACGACGGGAUAACGUCCUGAGAUAACCCUCUGAGCUCACGUUUGGGAUGAUGUCCAACCAUAAGAUCAGUGCCUGGUCAUUUGGUCUGAAGCAAGACUUCUGCACUGUUUGAUGUGACGGGUGUGUUGACCGCAGGAGAAAAUGAGCAAUGGAAAGACGGAGGCAACAUCAGAAGUCCGUCGGGGCCACGCUUGUCAAUGGUCAAUGUGCUUGUUGCUGGCACUGACGGCGGUUACCUCUGGGCAAGGUUUAGUAUGCCAGCCUCCACACGCACCAAAAAACGGAGGCUACAACUGCCACCCCUCCCCAUGUCGGAGACUUUCUCACGGCACUGUGAUAGAAUUCUACUGCGAUGAAGGCUACAUCCUGAAGGGAGACUACAAAUUUCUUACCUGUCAAUAUGGGGAGUGGGACAGCCCUGUUCAGAUCAGCUGUGUCAAAGAGCAAGGGUGCGUGAGGCCGUACAUGGUUGAAAACAGCUGGGUAAACCACACAGAAACCAACAGGGGCUUUUUCCCUGUAGGCACAGUACUGCAGUACAGCUGUGACCCUGGUUAUACGCCAGAUGGACCCAACAUUCUCACCUGCAUCUCGCCAGGACGCUGGUCCUCAGAACCUCCUCACUGCACACAGAGCGAUGCUUGUCUGCCCCUGUCCGAACCAGAGAACGGGGGUUACACGUGCCACCCAUCCCCCUGUCGAAUGUUUUCCCACGGCACCGUCGUUGAGUUCUUCUGUCACACGGGCUUCAUUCUCAAGGGGAAGUACAACUACCUGACCUGUCAGUAUGGACAGUGGGAUGGCCCCAUGCAGAUAAGCUGUGUCAAACAAGGUUGUACAAGACCCUUCAUGGAGCAGCAUGUAUCCUAUAAUCUAAUGGACACCAACAUCAGCGCCUUCCCUGUGGGCACCGUGCUGAAGUAUCGCUGUGACCAGGGCUACCAACCAGACGGACCCACCGUCAUCAGCUGCACUGGCUUUGGGCACUGGUCUUCGGAACCCCCUCGUUGUUUACACACUGACGUAUGCCAACCUCCAUAUCAGCCAGAGAAUGGAGGUUACACGUGCCACCCCUCCCAAUGUCGAAGACUUUCUCACGGCACCGUGAUUGAGUAUUUCUGCGAUGAAGGCUACAUUCUAAAGGGAGACUAUAAGUACCUUACUUGUCAGUAUGGCAAGUGGGACGGGCUAAUGCAGAUAAGCUGCGUAAUGGAGCAAGACCGGGGUGCUACCUUACCAUUGGGAAUGCCUGCUUUGUCCAUAGUGUCCUCCACAGCCAGCUCAGUGGCCCUCAUCCUGCUCCUGGUGGUACUCUUUGUUCUUCUGCAGCCAAAACUAAAGUCUUUCCAUCGGCGCGAUCAGGGGGUGUCGCGCCAACCCGUGUCCAUCAUGGUGGAAGGAGUCCAGGUGAAUCUGCCCUCCUACGAGGAGGCAGUCAGCGGCAACACGGGCUCGGCCUCAGCUCUCAACCCCGAGUCUCGUGUCCAGAUUGUUCUGUCCGAAGGGCAGCAAGCUUCGACGCCAGAGGCCGGCCCCUCUCGCCCCGCCUCCCUCAAACAUCUCCACUCGGAGAUGGCCCUGGUCCACCCUUUGCCACUCUCGUCGUCCUCGUCACCCUCCUCAUCUUCUAGCUGGACUCUAGAGAACGCCGGCGCCGCCGCUUUGCCACCCGGUGACCAUCACAGCCUCACUCUGCUAGACUCAGAGAUGGACUGCUCUGACGAUAUGCCACUGCUGAAGGAAACCGGAAACAUGCAAGACCUUGGCUGAUGCACAUAGACGCUAUUGCCAUGAACACACACAUUAAAACGGUCACUCUGACCUUGCCAAAGCAGGAAGUGAAUUUAAGGGAUGAACAAUAUACAGCGCAUAGACACGCCUCCUUCAUUUGCAUAUUCAUUCCCACACUCAUUACGUAUGCAUAAUGCGCUUCGAAUAUCUACAUGAGGGACACGUGUUUUCGACGACUUGUACUUUAAACGCCAGUCAUGCAUGAUGCUAAGCUCACGGCAUCAAGUCAUUAUGAACAAAAUAAUAAUGUAUGCAUUCAUUAUGAGUUGUGACCUUCCACUUAACACACACGAACACACACACAUGCUUGUCCCACACACACACACUUGUCCCCGAUGGCCUUAUCUUCCCACUUCUAUGCACACUUACCCUCCCCCCCUGGAUAAGAAGUUUUAAAAGCGAAUGUCAUGUAAACGCCUCCGCUGCUCGAUACGACUUGUAGCUUUUUCACACAUCAUCACCUCAACCCACGGAAAAUAUUCUACUCUUUAUUUUGUGUCAUUUAACUUAUUGCGCUGUUGAUCAGCCGCUUUUCAAGUACUUAAAAUAGCGUUUGUUUCACGCUGCCGGCACAUUUGAUGUGACACUUGAAGGUCUCGAAGGUGCAGCACACAAAAAUCACCGUGUACAGUUCAGUGUAAUAUUAUGUUCCGUUUGCUUGUUCAUUGAAAUUAUUGUUUAUUUUUUUUUUGUUUGUUUGCUUGUUGCUUUGUGAACGUUGUUUUUUCAUAUGAUGUGAAGUUUUAAGGUAACUUUAUUAUGUAACAUACAUUUUUGAAUUAAAUAUUAUUUAAGAUGUGACAACCGUUGAC